AUGGGGCAAGCGAACACCCAGACAGGCACACAUCAGCCGGAUUGGGCUGUCGGACAGCAACAGGAGGAUGAGAAGUUGGAAGACAAGGGCGGGGACGAUGAUCCAGAUGAUCUGGUCGAUGAUCCAAAGAAGACAGGUAGAAGAGAAAGCUUCAAUAUGCGGGAGGACGAGCUAUUGUGCAAUGCAUGGUUGGCCCCUAGCCUCGAUCCGAUCCAUGGCACGGAGCAAAAGGGCACAACCUUAUGGAAUAACAUUCACAUAUGGUUCCAUGAACACAAGCAUUUCGCGCCCUAUUCCGAUGCGGUCAUCCGCAAACGUGAAUCAAAGUCCCUCAACCAUCAUUGGUACACCAUUCAAGAGGCCGUCUCGAAGUAUUGCGACAACUUGAAGCAUCUCAUCGCACGAUGGCCUAGCGGUGCACAAAUCCACGAGCAAGUAAGUUCAUUUGGUUGGAUAUGCAUACUUCGUUGA